UACCUUGGUUAGCAGCUCAGAGUGAAUUCACUGCUGAGCUGGGAAGAAACACACACAAAGGAGCUGUCAAUACUGGAUGAGAAAUUAGGGCUGGUUAAACUAAAUUAAGUGCAAAACUUAAAAAUGCUAAACCAGGAAUGGAUCAGUAUCUUCCAAAGCAAGAUUUGCGAUCUGAAUAAAGGGCACAGGUGGUGGAUCGAGUUUGACAACAGCAUUGAGGUGGAUCAGCAGGCGGCAGGCUGGCAGCAGUACAUCCGGAAAGCGUUUGCAUGGUUCUCCUGCACAAUGUGCAGGAACACAUGGGCCUCAGCCCAGGUGCCAGUGGUCUUCCACAUGCAGCUGAACCAGGCCCAGGGCCAGGGGACUGUCAAGGUGCGCUGGUACAAGCAGAAGUGCCGAAAGUGUCAGAAUGCCAACUUCGAGGAGCCGCAGAUCAAACGUGACAAUGUCGAGGUCCUGCUGGACAAGCUGAUGGAGAAGAUCCUUUCCAAGUGCUACAAUGAAAACACCGGAGAGAAAAACAGAUCCUUCUACGUCGAAGGGGAACGGGAGGGGCCACACGAGAAGGCACACUGUGAAGCGUGUUUCAAGGGCAUCUGCCAAAGGACCACCUGAGUGCCACCUGGGAUGGAAAGCAAAUGGCAUUCUCUUGUGCCGGAAUCAGGGAAAGACUCCUGUUCCACAGCAGUUUGAUCCACUCCCGUUUAUUUUAUGAAUGCCAAUGAUGGUUGCCAAAUAUAUGUAUACCUUUUUCACAAAUCUGCACAGGCAGAUUUCCAGAAAAUAGUGAGAACAAGCUAGAAAGACCAAACACCUGGUGAUAGCUUCAAUACAAGAACCUACGGGCAGUAAAAACAGCAGCCAGUAAUAAAAAAAUGGCUGGGUCAGACUGCUGUGUUUUGUGAGUCUGAUCUGUUUCCCUGCAGGGUGAAUGGUUGUAUAUAGGGGCAAUAUCCUCAUUUUUCCUUGUAGACAAUGUUUUAAGCAAUAAGCUAAAGGGGGCAGCUUGUUCUCAAGGUAGUUUCUACUGAAUACUGUGAAAAUUAAGGUUCUAUAUGUUUUUUCCUGUACUUUAAUGCUUUCAAAAACUCUGUACAGUUCUGUAAAUUAUAUUAAUUAUAUUAAUUUAUUUUAUAAAGAUACAAUGAAGCUUUUGG